AUGAAUGAGCAGAAUGAAAACUCGUGUAUGUCGUCACCAGGAGGAUCCACACAAGAGACACCAAAACAUCUUCGCUGGCUGAACACUUACCGUACCGAAAAAUGCUCUCUAUUCGAUCAAAAGCAAUGUGAGGAACAUCGUCCAUACACCUGCUUUUUCUGGCACUAUCCAAGCCAACGCAGACGCAGACCAGUUCUUCUAGCUGAUGGCACUUUCAACUACAGCCCGGAUGUUUUCUGCAAUCAAUAUGACACAGAAACCGGACGUUGUCCAAAUGGGGACAGCUGUCGCUUUCUCCAUCGUGUCACUGGUGACACCGAAAGAAAGUACCAUCCGAGGUACUUCAAAACUGCUCAAUGUGUCCAUCCGACCAACUACAAAGGUUAUUGCGUAAAGAACGGUCCCUCCUGCGCAUACGCUCACGGACCCCACGACACCCGUUACCCCACUUUCGAGAAGCCCCUGAAGAGCACUCAAACCGCUCCAGCAGAUAUCCAGGAUACCUACUUUUGCAAGCCAGGAGCCGAGUGGCAGUCUCAAGAGUACAUAUUGGAGCACUACAAAACCGAGAAGUGCAAGAUAACGCCGUAUAUGUGUCGUCAGGGGUAUUCCUGCCCGUUUUGGCAUUCUUUCAAGGACAAGAGACGCUGUCCGGAUAAGUAUAACUAUCGCUCCACCCCUUGUCCAGCCGUCAAAAUAGGCGCUGACUGGUCCAACGACCCGGAUGUCUGCCACGCCGGAGACUCAUGCGGUUACUGUCACUCCCGCACCGAGCAGCAAUUCCACGAGGAUUUUUACAAAACUUCGAGAUGCAACGACAUGUUGGAGCACGGAUUCUGCCCUCGUCACUAUUUCUGCGCCUUUGCCCAUAGUGAUCUGGAGGAGCAAGGAGUCAGAUCGGCUGGAAAGAAGGCUAAAAAUGAGACGUGCCGGAUUAACUUUGAGCGCACCGAACAACGUCCACGCUCCAACACUGUCGGACCGAUGAGUCCAGUAAAAGAGAUGAAGGACCCGAGAUCCUCUCUCUUUACCACUUCCUACUCUUCCUUGUUCGGAGUGGAUAGUGCUGUGGACCUCGGCCAGUCAUUCGGAAAACUGGAUGAUCUACAUUUGGACCUUCAGAUGAUGGAGCAGAAUGGAAAUUAUUCCAAUAUGGUGAAUGAAGUGCUAUCACCGGCUCUGAGCAAUAUGAUGAGCCCAGGACCAUCCAGCUCCCAACACCAGCCGCCGCAAUUUGAAAACCUGGCCCAACGAUGCCAGUACCUUGAAGGAAUGAGGGAGCAGGAAAUGAAGAACGCAACGAUUUGGAAAGCGCUCUUCGAGAAGGAGCGCAUAAAGAACGCGUGGCUCCAGGAGGACCGAGAGCACCUUCUGGCACAAAUCAAGGCAAUGGAGAUGCAGCUAGGGGAAUUAUAUGUUGGGGAUAACAUGCUCCCCCUUCAAGUAAAGCUGCCGGAAGAGCACCCGGACAUUCGUCCCUCCGCAAGUCUCCCAAACAGUCCGUCGUAUAAUAUCUUUGUGAAAUACGACGACGACGAGGCCCCAGUGUGCGCCCAAUGUGGAAGAACCCCACCACCACCUGGAUUCCAGGUCACCACGUCCUGCACCUUAUGCAAGAAUCAUUCUUAG